UAAUAUCUGAUAUUCAAGAAGCAAUUCAGCAUUGCGCGUUGAGUAUUUUUGCUUGCGGUAUAGAAAUUUAAUCCUACUUGUAUAACACAUAACAACAACAACAAUUGAAUUAUUCAAACUAUUCAUAUUGUAUUAUCAUUAUUAUUCUGAGAAGACUCUCUGGUAUUGCAAAGAUAAACCUCCAAAUUUAUUGUCAUCUAAAUGAGUGGUGGUACAGCACAACAAUUAAGCACAACUGACGAAUAUCAAUCAACAAAAUCCUUUAAUUUCUUUGUAAAGGAUCCGAAGGUUAAAAUCUUUUCGAGCAUUGAAAACAGUGUUAGUGCUGCAACUCCCCAAAAGAAGGAAAGAAAGCAAAAAGUGGUUGAUGAUAACAAUAGUAGUGGAUCAUCCAACAAUCAAGUUGGUGGAUCAAAUUGUUUACUAGACUCUGAAGCUAGUGGAUCAUUGGGCAAGAACAGUACUUCUGUACAAUCAAGAAAGGUUGGCGAACACCAUCUUUCACAUUGGUUCUUGAAGAAGGAAGAGCCAAAGAAGAACAAGGUUGAUCCACAAAGAGGAAUUACAAAGAAGAAGAGAAAGAAGCAAAUGGUGGAUGUUUCCAAUGUAUUGUUAUCUAAACCCAUCAUGGAACAAUCCAGUGUCGUUUUCCAACCUAUUCAAACACCUCCGCAACAGCCUUCUGUCUUGUCUCAACAACACUAUGCUACUAAUGUCUACAAUGCUGGUUCUCAAAGUUACCACAAUGUCAUUCAACCAAGUUAUCAACAUUCCAACGUUGAUAACAAUGCACCAAGAGGUUUUGUGCCUUACACACAUCAAUAUCAGAGAUGUUCAACUCAGAAUAAUAUGAUAACAUCUCCUCCUGUUGAUCCUACUCCAUAUAAUGGUCCUUAUUCUCCUCCAAACUAUUCAAGAGUAUCAUCACCAGAGCAAAGGUUUGAUGGUGUAAGCGGAAGACCAUGUUAUGAUAAUAUCGGUCCCUAUUGUCAUUCACCACUCUCAAAUUCAACUUGUUCUCAAAAGCAAUUCCCAGAACCAACAAAGGUUCCAAGUCCAAUCCAACAAUGUGUUUCAAGAAUUGCUCCUCCUCCAUUUGGAGGAAUCUUUGAAAAGCCAUUUGAAACAUUGCCACCUCUUUCUGCAUUAUUGACAACUCCUCCAGAAAGAUCAACACUUGACUUGUAUGCCAAGCCACAACCAGCAAAUGUAUUGCCUUCUCUUUCGUGUUUGUUGUAUAACAAACCAGAGCAAUAAAUUGGUCACGGUUUUCUAG